GGACCCCCUAAAAGUACAGCAGCAAAAUAAAGCAAGAGAAACUGCCCGGAUAUUUUCGUCAUUUUCACUUUCUACAAACAAGGAAAUCCGCCUCCACUCUCCUCCAAUCCGUUUUCUUCCCUUCCGCUACGAAACGAAAUCCAUAACUCCCACUAUACGAUCGCUUCUGUAUAGUUCAAACUUCAAACUCAACGUGAAUCGAUCGAUCGAUCGUUCAAUCGAAUGAAGAAGUUAUUGACUUGGGCGAGGAGGAGGAAGGGCGUCGACAGAGGCGGCGGCGAAGAGACGGAAUCGAGGCUGACGGAGCCGGAGAUGGACGCGGCUUUGCAGCUGAUUCAGCUCAGUGGCGAUUCCGACAGCGGAAGGUACUGCAACAACGCCGGCGAUGAGGAGAGCGUCACCGCUGACGCCGUCUCCGAUAAUAUUGAUCUCGAUGAAGCCGCCUUGGAGGCUUUCCCGCGGCCGAGGAAACGGAAGUUCCGAUCCGUCGUCGAUCUCUAUCAGGUCACGCAGCCCGUGCGCAAUAAAUCCAAUAAGAAGCCUGGAACUGGUAAGAAUUUCAGGAACUAAUUAGUGUUAUUGCUAUUCCUAUUAUUGAGAAAUGAACAGCAUUCUGCUCUUCGUCGGGAAAAGAUAACCUACUGGUUUUGCAGCAGCUAGAUGUAAUUAUUAAGAAAUUACUGUAUGUAUUAUUACAAUAAUAAGAAUAAUACCAGUAGUUAUUGGUAUUUAGCUUCCGUUUAAUUAAAGUUAACAUGUAAUUAUUUAUAUUUUGUACUCCGUCUGAAUUCUGAAACUAUGAAGAUGAUGUACUCCUCUAUUCUCGCUAUAUUUUACUCUCUUUUUGGCUCAAAAGGAACAUCCCCAGUUUCAUUCCCUU